AUGAUAGACUCAGAUACACAAUCAUCGUUAUCGAUUUUAAUGAUGUUAAAAACCAAUACUGGUGGAAAUACAUCAAUUAUAAAGAAUAGAAAGGAUUCAGAUAUUAGUGAUAGUAGUGGUGAUGAAGAUUAUAGAUCAAGUUCAAAAUCACUUCAAAAACUUUUUAUUGGUUUAUCAGAAGAUUUCACAUGCUCAAUUUGUUAUGAAUUAUUUGAAAGACCAAUUAUAUUACCAUGUAAUCAUAAUUUUUGUAAGUCAUGUAUUGAGGAUAUGGUAAUUGGACAAAAACAAAUAUUUCAUUGUCCAUUUUGUAGAACAGAGGUAAAGUUAACUGAGAAAGGUGUUGAUGGAUUACCAGUAAAUUCAUUUUUAUUUACAGCAGUGGAAAAAAUGAAAAACGCCAAUGCAUUUUGUCCAAAGUUUUGUGAUAAUUGUACAUCUAAAAAGGUGACAAGAAAAUGUGAGACCUGUUCGAUAUCCUUAUGUAAGGCAUGUGAGAGUAGCCAUGUCGCAAAGAAUGGGGGUCACAAAACCAUCUAUUCCGAUAGUCACAUUGCAAGUGAUUUCGAUAUUGAGACUCAUAUUAACAAGGAUAGCGAUAUCGAUCCACCAACCUAUUUACCAUUCACCAUCUCAAGAUCACAAUGUGUUCAAUUAUUCCAAAAUUGGAUUUCAUCACUUUGGUUUGCUCCAUCCGAUCUCAAGGUUAAUAAAUCGGUGCGUUAUAUAAAGCCAAUCUACAUUCCCUAUUGGAUAUACGAAGCACAUACCACCACAAAAUAUAGCGCAAAUGUUUCAACCGGUGGUUCGGGUGUUGUUGGUAGCAUCCUCACCACUAAUCAUCAUCAACAACAACCAAUCUAUCAUCAUCAAUUGGCUGGUAAGUUUGAUUCUACCAAUUGGACUCACAAGGUAAACACAGUUUCAAACAGAUAUAGACAUGCAACAAUUGCAAACACUAAACUAAUCGAUAAGGAUCUAUUAACUCAAGUUCAAACUUGGGAAAUCAAUAACAUUCCAUCCGUUGAUCAAUCUCAACCUCCCAAUCCAAAAAUUCAACCUUUGGCCUUUCUCACUGAUGAAGCCACUGCUUGGAAAAAGAUUGUAGAGGCUAAAAUCCUUCAAAAAGAUAGAGAAGUAUGUGAAAAUCGUAUAAAACUUGGUUGUGGUGUUGGUGGUGUUGCAAAAGAUAUAGUCAUUGAAACUAAUCUUACUCGUGUCGCCUCUCAAAAGGUUUUCCUUCCAGUUUAUUUCAUUAAAUAUAUCUAUGAUUCUAAAUCUUAUACUGUCAUUGUAAAUGCUCAAAACUCAAAAAUCGUUGGUCAUAGACCCUAUGCUCAAGGUUUAAGUACAAUGUUUAGAAUGUUUAAACCAACUUAA